AGGCUCCGCCCCCCGCCCCCGCCGGAAGGGAAAGGGAGGCGGUGGCCGGCUCGGAACGAGCCAGACGCCGCGGCCAGAGCGGCGGGGGCGGUCGGUUGGGGACACGGCUGCACCGGGCGUACCGAGUGGGCCGGAGCGGGAGCGCCGCCAACGCGAUCACGUGCACGGCCCCUCCUCUUGCGCCGGCCUCCCCCGCGCGCCGCGCUCUCCAUUCAUAAAUUCUCCGCCUGUUCCGCGGCCACCAGGUGCAGGAGCCAGCCGGGAGCGCCGCUCAGCCGCCGCCCGCCCGCCGCCCGCAGCCCAUGGGCCGCACGCCCCGGCGCUGAGCCUUCACAAUGCAGCCUACGGCCACCAUGGCCACAGCCGCGGCCACCACUGCCACGGCUGCUCUGACGACAUCGUGGGACAAUACCACCACUCAUCCCACGCAGGCUACGCCAGACCCCGUACUGGACAACUACGUGCUGCUGGUAGUGGUCAUGUCGCUGUUUGUCGGGGGCACGCUGGUGGUCUUGUCCGGUGUCCUGCUCUUGUGCAAGCGCUGCUGGGAGGUCCACCAACGCUUCAACAGGGCCAUGGAGGAAGCAGAGAAGACCACCACCACCUACCUGGACAAUAGCACCCACCCUGCCCAAGGCGUAGACCCUGACUUCAGGGGGGAGGACCCCGAGGGCCAGGAUGUGGAGACGGAGCGCUUCCUGUCCACCAGCUGCACAGGCCGCAGGGUCUCCUUCAACGAGGCUGCCCUUUUUGAACAGAGCCGGAAGGCACAGGAUAAGGGCCGCAGGUACACCCUGACGGAGGGGGACUUCCAUCACCUCAAGAAUGCCCGGCUCACCCAUCUGCACCUGCCACCCCUCAAGAUCGUCACCAUACAUGAGUGUGACUCUGGUGAGGCCAGCGUGGCCACUACCCCCCACCCAGCCACCACCCCUAAGGACAGCCUGGCCAUAUUCCAGCCCCCGGGGAAGGCCCUCACUGGCCGCUCUGUGGGCCCCAGCUCCGCCCUGCCAGGUGACCCCUACAACUCGGCCGCGGGCGCUGCCGACUUUGCGGAGAUCAGCCCCUCAGCAUCCAGCGACUCAGGGGAAGGCGCCUCGCUGGACAUGGGUCUUCGGAGUGCCAAGGUUGGCGGGCCUGGGCCUGGGCCUGGGCCUGGGCCCGGGCCUGGGCCUGCAGCAGAGCCGGGGGAGGCAGGUGCAGGCUCUGGGGCAGGCACCAUGCUGCAGUUCUUCACCCGCCUGCGCCGCCAUGCCAGUCUGGAUGGAGCUAGCCCCUACUUCAAGGUCAAGAAGUGGAAGCUGGAGGCCAGCCAGCGAGCAUCCAGUCUGGACACAAGAGGUUCCCCCAAGCGGCACCACUUCCAGCGGCAGCGGGCAGCCAGCGAGAGCAUGGAGCAGGAGGGCGACGCGCCCCACGCAGACUUCAUCCAGUACAUUGCCCGCGCUGGCGACGCCGUGGCCUUCCCACCCCCCUGUCCCUUUCUGGCCAGCCCCACCAGCCCGCCCCCCGCUCUCGGCAGGCUAGAGGCAGCCCAGGCGGUGGGAGGAGCGAGCCCCGAAUCGCCCCCAGAGCACGAUGCUGGUGCGGGACUGCAGCAGCAGCAGCAGCAACAGCAGCAGCAGCUGGAGCCGGACCCCGAGCAGACCCAGGCCAGCUACCGUGACCUGUGGAGCCUGCGCGCCUCCCUGGAGCUACACGCGGCCGCCGCGUCAGACCACAGCAGCAGCGGCAACGAUCGCGAUUCGGUGCGCAGCGGCGACAGCUCGGGGUCCGGGGGCGCGCCGCCGGCCUUCCCACCUCCCUCGCCUCCCGCGCCGCGACCCAAAGACGGCGAGGCACGCCGGCUGCUGCAGAUGGACAGCGGCUAUGCCAGCAUCGAGGGCCGCGGUGCGGGUGACGACGCCGCCGAACCGCCCGCCACUCCCGCCCCACCGCGCAGCCCGCGCGCCUGGCCACGCCGUCCGCGGCGCGACUAUAGCAUCGACGAGAAGACAGACGCGCUCUUCCACGAGUUCCUGCGCCACGACCCGCACUUCGACGACACACCGGCUGCCGCGCGCCACCGCGCACGCGCGCACCCGCACGCACGCAAGCAGUGGCAGCGCGGCCGGCAGCACAGCGACCCUGGCGGCGCACGCGCGGUCCCGGCCCCCGGCGCGCCCCGGCCCGCGCGUGCGCCCUUGCGCCGGGGCGAUAGCGUCGACUGCCCGCCUGAGGGCCGCGCGCUAGCCAGCGCUGGCGACGACCCGACCAUCCCAGUCAUCGAGGAGGAGCCUGGCGGGGGCUGCCCAGGCUCAGGCCUGUGUGUCGAGCCCGCGGGGGCGCUGCUGGACAAGCUGGCGGCCAGCCUCGACGAGAGACUCUUCCCGCCGCGCCUCGCCGAGCCGGUCGCCGCGGCCCCAACGCUGGUCGUCGCCGCGGCCCCUACGUCCCCCGACCAUAGUCCAGCCUAAGCCCCGUGCCCCGAGCCCACCUCUCGGCAGCUUUUUCGGCGCCGCGCGGGAUCGAGCUCGGGCGCGAAUCCCCAGCACGGGUUCGGGGGCCCUUCGCUCCCGCGCAGCCCGACGUGUCCCGCUGCCCCGGGCGUGCGCGCGCCGCCCCUCCUGGGCGCUUGGUGGGUCGCUAGGCUUCGCGAGGGACGAGGCUCGCGUGGUGGGAGAAGUUCUCUUCGGCUAAUGAGCAACCCCCAGCGACCCUGGGCCCCGAAGGGCGGAGGGUCUGUGGCCUAAGGCAGGGGCGAGAGGGCCGCGAGCUCAGGCUGGGGCCGCCGCGGGCCGGGCGCACGCGGGAGUUGCCGCCCGCCGGAGCCGUUUACCUCACUGCGGCGCACGCCCUCCCACUGGAGCAAUAACCGCCCGCGGCCGCGCCCCUCGCCCCACGCCCCACGCCCCGCCCUCCGCAUGUGGCCCGCCGGUGUUGAGACAUGAAGGGGACAGCCCAGGCGGCACGGUUUCAAGUUUCCCAAGCUUUAUUUAUUGCCAAAAGAUGGGGCAGCGCGCGGCUGAGUAGCCCCUGCCGCUCCUCCAAGCUCUCCACCCAGUCCGUACCGUCCAGUGAUGCGGUUUCCUGUUGUGUUUUUGUUUUCUGGUUGAUCAUAAAUAUUUACUGCGUACUCUGA